AUGGAGGAAAAGAAAUACCACCGAUGCAUUGGUGUAUUCCUCCAUGGUUUCAAUGACAGAGGAGAUACCUCGCGGUGGGGCCGUGCCAUCGAUGAAAUGUCGAGUUUCAGAGUGAUUUGCCUGCUCUUCAAUGAUCACAUCGGGGUAUGUGAUAACAUUGGCACGGCGAAUGCCUACGCGUUCGAAGAGGGAUGGAGGGGGAAGCGUGCCAGCUGGUUCAUCGUCAAGUACCCAGAGAGGGCCAGUCCUGAAUUCCACUUCCAUGCCACGGAAUCCCUGCAUUUUCUUGGUCGUGCCCAAAUUUCUAUCUUUUGGGCCAUGCAAGAUGACCCUUCCUCUAUGCUAACCUAUAAUUUCCAGUGGAAAGACGAGUUUGAGAUCCUCGCAUUGCCGGACCACAUCCGAGGAUCGGCUUUGUGGGUUCUCGAUAUCAACGAUGACGACGACGACAAGGUGCAUCUUGUUUGCUUGCAGGGCGACAACCUUCGCAUCUUUGCGGCAAGGCGGUAUGAUAGUCCCGACUGGGAGCUUCAGAAGAGCAUCCAAUUAAUGGAGGCUACCCGUGGACUAGAAGGGCACAAGGAUGAGUACUUUCGUCAGUCUACCAAGAUUGUCUCAACCAGCACGAGCUCUAUCGUGUUUUCUAUGGCAGAGGGGAAAUGGCUGUUUUCCAUCGACUUUGAGAGCAUGGAGGUGGCGAAAUACAAAUACAAGCCGCAUUCUUUUGAAACCGUAGCUUAUCCGUGUGAGCUUCCAUGGCUACCUGCCAUUCGUGCUUGUAUUGUGCCUUGUACUACUAAGAGACGGGGCAAUCGCGGAUGUUCUGGUAUUUGUAUAUGUCGAAGUCUCUAA